AUGAAACAGAUGGUAACAAAAUUUUUGAACAUUCUUCUUUUAAAAUUUAAAUUCAAUCAAUUAUUGAAAUUAUUAAAAACUCAUUUCAAUGAUGAAAAUCGUUUGGAUGAUCUUCAAUGUCUUGUUUUUAUCGAGCGUCGUUCAACAGCCAAAAUUCUUUAUCACAUGCUAAAAGAUUUUGCUUUAGAAGAUCCUGACUUUCCAAUCAUUCCUGACUUUAUGGUAGGAAUCAAUGCGGGACUUCCAAAGUCGAUUGAAAAUAUUUUAAAUAAUAAUUACAACACUUUGACUUUAGACAAAUUUCAACGAAAAGAAACAAAUUGCAUUGUGUCAACGAGUGUCUUGGAAGAAGGCAUUGAACUUCAAAUGUGCAAUCUUGUGGUAUGCUUCGAUACACCAAAAACUUAUCGAAAUUAUGAACAGUCGCGAGGAAGGUCUCGCGAUAGAGAAAACAGUGUGUUUGUAGUUCUCAAUGAAACUUUCAUGAAGAAAGUUGCUAAUUGGCAGGAAGUUGACAAUGAAAUCAAACAACAAUUGUUGAUGAAAACGUUGGAUCGAUUACCGCCGAGUGAAGACUACAAAUUGUUAAAAUAUAAAGAGAAGAGAUUUGGCCGCCUUUCAAAACUCCAAUUUCGGGAAGUGUUUUGA